UUGUAGCCUGCCCACCUCUGUUGACUGUGUGUGUGUGUGAUCAGGAUACAAUCUGCCGUGUUUUUCCCCCACCCACUCUCACACACUCCCGUUAUUUCAGGAGCCUGUUAGGUGAUAUUCGACUUUACCUGUCCGGGUUGCAUACCUGAGCGGACUCACCUGUCCCGACGCCGACAUACGUUUUAGCUUUUGUUCAUCCCGAGCUGGAGAGAAGAUCAGGUUAAGAGAAAGAAAGGUGUGGGGAAGAAAGCAGGUAAAAGCGGCGUACAGCUUGCGAAACGAGAAGAAAAGGUGCAAGGAAGAAGGAGGAGAAGAGACCGACACCUUCCAUUUUUUCCCUUCCAACUUUGGAGUUUCCUGCUUUGUGACUUUUAGUUGACUUCACGUCGAGCUAAGUCGCUUCUCCACCAACCUCCAUAAAGGAUCGGGUAUUAAUUGAACAUGCCGAGGGCUUUUCUGGUGAAAAAGGCGAAUAUAUCGCCGGGAAAGCGGAACUGGAGUGAACUACCUGAUCAUGAGCGAGGGGACGUCUACAUCCCAGUCUCCAUCUUCCCUCCAUCCGUCCUGAUGAUGGAAGCCGAAGCCAGCCCUGCGGAGACGACGCCGCUCUGCCUCACCAAACCGUCUCUCUCUGACACACAAACACACGCCGAACUGCCGUCCAGCACGAUGCUGGGCCGACCACAGAGCCCGCCGGCUUCACCGGAGGAGAGGUCUGAGGUGAGAAGGAGAACGCAGGGUGGCCCUACAUACAUCCGAUCCAAAAUCAAGGUAACUACAGGCGAGUUACUGCCCGUUCCUUCUUCUCUCCCCCCCUCUCUUCCUGCCAUCUCCACCCCGCCAACGCCACAUGCCACCGUGAUGCCGGUUGCUGUGACGACAACUCCUGCGCCCGUGGAAGCGGUCUCCAUGGUGACCAGAUCAACAGGUCAAAGUCAAAGUUUGUCAACUGGGACGACGACGGGGACGCUUUCAUGCCAGGUUUGCCAGAAGACCUUCCACUACCAACGUAUGUUAAACAGACACAUGAAGUGUCACAACGAGACCAAGAGACACCCGUGCAGCUUCUGCGGCAAAGGCUUCAACGACACCUUUGACCUCAAGAGACACGUGCGCACACAUACAGGAGUCCGUCCUUACAAGUGCACCCUCUGCGAAAAGGCCUUCACCCAGCGCUGCUCCCUGGAGUCCCACAUGAAGAAGAUCCACAGCGUCACCCAGAAGUACGCCUAUAAGGAGCGGCGCAACAAGCUGUACGUCUGCGAGGAGUGCGGCCACACAGCGGGAACGCAGGACGAGCUGCUGAUCCACCUCCACACUCUUCACCCCAACAGUCACCUGUUGAAGGGGAAGGCUGCAAGGAGAGCAGCAGGAGGAGGAGGAGCAGAGGGAGGGUCAGUCGGAGGAUCGACGCCAGGCUCUCCUCAAGGAGCUGAUAGUGAUGACGCCACCGGAUCAGGAGAGCAGUAGGUGUGAGGGAAGCCUGGAAGAUCAUUAGAACGACAAACUCAGGGGAGAUGGAUAAAGGAUAGAUGGAUAUGUUGACGGAUGGACAUGGAAAAGUGACUCAACAUAGGCGGAUGACAGAUCGCUGUGGGGAAAGUUAGUGUGUGUGUGUGUGUGUGUGUGUGGAUUUGGGUAUCUGUACAUAACGCGGCUAAAAUGAAAUAAUGCACCAACAAAGCCAAGUCUGAUUUUACCGAUAUGUCUUUUUACAUUGGAUUGUGAUGUGAUUAAGCUGAUAAACAUGUCUGACAAUACCAACAUAUCAUUCUUCAUGUGAAUAUUACCUGUCUGCUCUUCUGUACGGUGUACGGAGUUUUUCUAUGAAAAAACGUACUUUUGUUUAUUAAAGGGAGUAAUAUAUUAAACAAAAA